UCUCGAUCAAUCUUAAUUUCUUGCAUAGGUCUUAAGACUGAUCACGAUCGAUAUGGUGAAGUUCAGUGCUGGCUGUGUCGCGUUGUCUCUGUGCUGCUGCCUUUGGCUUGCAUUCUUGGCCGGGCUGCCGGCAGAAGCAGCCCGCGGCGGCAAGAAGGAGACCGUGGAGGAGACGGUUAAGAGGGUAGUGGGCACGGCCAUGGAGGGCAGCGGUCGCCGCCUCGGCGCCGCCCUCGUCCGGUUGCUCUUCCACGAUUGCUGGGUCCAGGGUUGCGACGCUUCCGUGCUCUUGGAUACGGUGCCGGCCGGCAGCGGCACCGGCGAGAAGGACGCCAAGAACAACAACGGCCUGGACGGCUUCAACCUGAUCGACGACAUCAAGGCCGAGCUCGUCCGCCUCGGCGAGACCAACGUCUCCUGCGCCGACAUCCUCGUGCUCGCCGCCCGCGACGCGACGGCCAUCCUCAGCGGGGGCACAAUCAACUACGCCAUCAAGCGAGGCCGCGUGGAUGGCGUGGUCUCCUCGGCGUCCGACGCCGACGCCAUACUCCCUCCCUCCACCUUCAAAAUAAAGCAACUCAAGGACAACUUCGCCCUCAAGGGCUUCACCACGCGGGAGCUCGUGGCCCUCUCCGGCGCGCACGCCGUCGGCGUCGCCCACCUGCAAUCCUUCGCCGACCGCCUCAACUCCUCCACGGAGACGCCGAUCGACGGAGCCUACCGGAACGCGCUCCGGAACCACACCGAGGCCCAGAAGACGGCGCAAGGAACAAACGACCCGAUCGAGUUGAACAACAUCCGUGACAUGGACGGGAAGUUCCAGACAGACGCCGGAUACGACGCCACGGGGGUGAACACGGCGGUGGUGGGCGUCCUGGACAACAGCUACUACAAGGCCAACCUCCAGAAUAGGGUGCUCUUCAGGUCCGACUGGGAGCUCCGCAACGACACUGACACCGCCGCCAAUGCUGGAAUUGCUCUGGCAGAGUUCGGCAGCAGCGCCAGCAAGUGGUUCGUCGCCUUCAGCAAUGCCAUGGCCAAGCUUAGUGAUCUCCGUGCCGAGGGCCCACGCUUCGAGAUCAGAAAGAACUGCAGAAAGAUUAACUAGACCAAUACGUGUGUAUUGUGAUGAUUUGUAUUAGAGAUUAAGGUUCUAUAUAUACAUAUUCACCUCAUUGGUCGGUUUGUAUUAUCCAAUUGAUAACAUGUCAAA